AUGAGCCAGACCAACCAGACUUGGGUGACAGAAUUCCUCCUCCUGGGACUUUCUGAUGACCCUCAGACUCAAGUGUUACUCUUCGUACUGUUUCUAGGGGUCUACUUGGUUACUGCACUUGGAAACCUGCUCAUUACCAUCCUGGUUCUGGCUGAUUCACACCUCCAUAUACCCAUGUACUUUUUUCUGUGUAACUUGUCUCUUGCUGACUUCUGCUCCUCUACCAACAUUGUUCCCCAGGCCCUAGUCCACAUGCUGUCCAAAAGGAAGGUUAUAUCUUUCAUGGACUGUGCAGCCCAGCUUUUCUUAUACCUCUUUUUUGGUGCUACACAAUGUGCACUGUUAGCUGUGAUGUCCUAUGACAGAUACUUGGCAAUCUGUGACCCCAUGCACUACUCUCUCAUCAUGACUUGGAAAGUGUGUGGCUAUUUGGCCUUAGGGUGCUGGAUCAGUGGUGUUCUAGUAUCCUUGGUGGACACUACAUUCACACUAUGCCUCCCCUAUCAAGGAGACAAUAAGAUUGCUCAUUUCUUUUGUGAGGCCCCAGUUCUCUUGGCCUUGGCAUCUGGAGACACCCACAGAUCACAGAUGGCCCUUUUCCUCAUGGGUGUGGUGAUUCUUCUUGCACCUGUGUCCUUGAUCUUGGUCUCCUACAGCUCUAUCAUAGUGACUGUCAUCAGGAUGAAGACAACUUCAGGGAGGCUUAAGGCUUUCUCCACCUGUGGCUCCCACCUUAUUGUGGUUAUCCUAUUUUAUGGAUCAGCAAUCAUGACCUACAUGACACCUAGGUCAUCCAAAGAGCAGGGGAAGCUGGUGUCUGUGUUGUAUGCUGUGGUAAACCCUAUGCUUAACCCUCUCAUCUACAGCCUGAGGAACAAAGAUGUAAAGAGGGCACUCAGGAAUGUAGCCAACUGA